UCCAAUGUCCAGAGCAGUUCAGUUCCCUUCGUGUCGAAGUUUAUGGACGAAAGUGCACUGAUCUAAAACAUAUCGAUUAUGGAGGCCGAGCCAACAUUAUGGGAAAAGUUCUUAGCUCAAGUAGAGCCUCAUUUACCAGAAUAUUUGCACUGGAAUGAAAUAUGUUGGACGUUCGUCUCGUACUUGGCUGAAGUACGCCGUUAUAUCCAUCGAAAAACAAGAGGAAUGGAGGCCUGGGAGAUAGUAGUGAAUACAGCAACUAUAUGCUUCUAUGUAUGGAUCACUUUUGAAAUCUUACGAUGGCUUAUUAGCUGGAUAUUCUUUCAAGAUGAAAGUUUUAUCUCAAGAGUGAAAAAGACAUUUUUUAGGACACUCCGUAGACUUCCCAUAAUCAAAGAUAAGAUCAAUGAAAAAAUGCAAGAAACCUUAGACGACAUGGAACAAAUGGCUUUUCCUUUACAUGAGGGACAAACAUACAGGCUUAAGCUUCCAAGCAAAGGCCUCAAGGAGGCUGAACUCUCUAAAGAGAUAGACAAGUAUGGUGAAAUGGUUGAGAUUGACUGGGAAGCUGGACAAGUGUCUGGUACAGUUUACUCUGGGGGAAAAGAACUAACAGACAUCCUCACAAAGGUUUAUGCCAAAUUUGCCUGGACAAACCCUCUUCAUGCUGAUAUUUUUCCGGAUGUUAGAAAAAUGGAAGCAGAAGUCGUCAGAAUGACAAUUUCCUUGUUCAAUGGUGGUGAAGAAGCAUGUGGAACUAUGACAUUGGGAGGUACAGAAAGUAUUCUUUUAGCCUGCAAAGCAUAUAGAGAUUGGGCAUAUGAGAGAGGAAUCAAAAAACCUGAAAUAGUUGCUCCAAACACUAUCCAUGCAGCUUUUGAUAAGGCAGCUCAUUACUUUGGUUUCAAGCUUGUCCAUGUAGCUGUCAACCCUAAGACAUAUACUUGUGAUUUGAAGGCUUUGAAGAGAGCAAUUACAAGUAGAACUAUUGCUAUUGCUGGAUCAGCCCCUCACUUUCCUCAUGGCAUAGUUGACCCAAUAGAAGACAUGGCAAAGCUUGCUAAAAGAUACAACAUAGGGAUGCAUGUUGAUGCCUGCUUGGGUGGAUUUCUUAUCCCAUUUAUGGCCAAAGCUGGGUAUCAUCUUCCUCCAUUUGACUUCAAAGUUGAUGGCGUGACAAGUAUAUCUUGUGAUACCCAUAAGUAUGGCUAUGCACCCAAGGGUUCAUCCGUAAUAAUGUACCAUAGCAAACAUUUAAGGCAAUUCCAGUUUUUUGUAGCUCCUGACUGGCCAGGUGGUAUCUAUGCCUGCCCUACCAUACCUGGUAGCCGACCUGGUGGUAUAAUGGCAGCAACGUGGGCUGCUAUGAUGCAUUUUGGAGAGUCAGGUUAUGUCGAAUGUACAAAGAAAAUUAUCCAGACAAGAGAAAAGAUUCAGAAAGGAAUUGAAACCACAAAAGGUCUAUAUGUUCUGGGUGAUCCUAAAGUCAGUAUUGUUGCUUUUGGAUCUCAUGACUUCAAUAUCUAUUGUCUUGGUACUUCGCUAACUGAACGUGGAUGGUGCUUAAAUUGUCUACAGAAUCCUGCAGCUAUCCACUAUUGUAUUACAUUGCUAACAACCCAGCAAGGAGUGGCAGAUAGGUUUAUUAAGGAUAUUAAAGAGUGUACAGCCAAGUUGUUGAAUGAUCCUAAUGCUAAGACCACUGGCAUGGGAGCAAUUUAUGGUAUGGCUCAAAGUAUUCCAGAUCGUUCUAUGGUGUCAGAAUUAGCUUGUGGUUUCCUGGACUGUAUGUACAACACCAAAGACCCUAAACCAGCUCAGAAUGGAACCAAAUAGACCAAAGUAACUGUGGAAAGGAAUUUUUACCUGGAUGGGUGUGGCUAGACAUGAGGCUGAAGGGUGUGGCCUAAACAUGUGAUUGUGAAUUCUAUGGCUUUAGUGAAAUGGCAGCAUAAGGGAUAACUCAUGGAAUAGCAAUUGUAUUUCUAUCAAUAUUGUGGCUUUCUACUUGUUAUAUAUCUAAAGUGAAAACGGCUGAAUUUUUAAAAAUAAAUGCAAAUUAUAGUA